GUGACACGUCACGACUGACGCUUUAAAUAAGGUCGGCGCUGAGGUCUCCUUUCUGGUCUGUAUUGGCUUUGGGGCUUUCCCGUGUUUCUCACGGUCCAGUAAGGAAUGGUUUGACCUGGAAGCUUCAUCACCACGACAAAACCACCCUGUUCCAAUACCUCCCCAACCUCAAGUUCCUCUCUCUCUCUCUCUCUCUCUCUCUCUCUCUCUCAGACUUUUCUUGUUUUGGUGAACGCUGAGAAAACUUGCUACUCCAUCUUCAAGCUUCUCUGCAGUUUUUGGAUAAUUCCUGUUCGCAGUUCAAAUGGUGUUGGAUAUUGCAUAGCAUCAAGUUUGAGACUUUGUGUUGGAAGCUCUUUUUUUGGUGGGGGGAGAUAUGGCUACUGAGUUCACUACGAAAGUUCGGCUAGUUAGAUGUCCUAAAUGCCAGCUGCUUCUACCGGAAUUGCCGGACUUCCAGGUCUACAAGUGUGGUGGAUGUGGUGCUCUUCUCCAAGCAAAAAAUCGCUUGAAAGGAUUGGGGCACGUUUAUGAAGAUAAAGCAUCUAGCAGGAGUAGCAGCACAAGUUGUAAUGGAACUCUUCCUGACUCAGGAGAGUGCUCUUCAGACCAAAUUGAUGAGAAAAAUCAAAAUAAGUCUUCUGGAGCAUGCUCUUUCGAAAGAAAUAUGGAGAGGGAUGAGAGUAAGUCUUUAUCAGAAGGCUAUGAAUUAAGCAACUCAAGUCUAAAGGCCAAGGUUCCUGCCAUGGAAGAAUGCACUUUGGAAAGAAUGAAUGAGAGGAAUGACAGUGGUUCUUCAAAAGGCAUUGAAUCUAGCAGCUCAAAUCUGGAGGCUUUGGCCCCUGCCUUGGGAGAAUGCUUUUUGGAAAGGAGGCAUGAGAGGGAGGGGAGUAAUUCUGCGGAUGGCAUUGAAUCUAGCAGCUCAAGUCCAAAGAGUAAGGCUCCUGACCUAGGAGUAUAUUCUUUGGAACGAAGCCAUGAGAGGGAGAGGAGUAAAUCUUCAGAAGGUAUUGAUUCUAUCAGCUCAAGUCCAAAGGCCACAACCCUUGACUUGGGAGAAUGCCCUUUGGAACGAAACAUUGAGAGGGAGUGCAGUAAAUCUUCAGAAGGCAUUGAAUCUUGCAGCUCAAGUCCAAAGGCUACUUUUCCCGACUCGGGUGAAUGCUUUUCGGAUCACAGCAGUGAGAAUAAUCAGAAUAAGUUUUCUGACGAUCAAGAAUCACCGCUGAGGGAUCCUGAUAAUUCAUCUGAAGAUGAUCAUGGUGGUGAGCGGAUUGGAGACAUAAACUUACCAAGUAAAAUCCAAAGCAGCCAGAGUCAUCAAAAUGGUUAUGGUGGCCUUGCUAUGGAGCCACUUAGAGUUCUCAAAAAAGUCUCUUCAUUGGUGGAGUUUGCAAAUAGUGAAAGUAAGGUGCCAUUACCAGAAACAGCAGCAAAUUCAGAAGCAUUGGAAGAUGAUGAGAGAUUACCUUUGGAACCAAAUGUAGAGGUAGACAUUGUGGUGGAGAUUGAUUCUGAUUCUACGAGUUCAAGUAGGCUCGAUGCAGUGGCCACAAGGGGAAGUGAUUCAAUGUAUUCUGCUCCUUUGCCCCCAAGGGACAGCAUUUUAUCAGAUAUUAUUGUAUCUUCUCCUGACGAACAAUCAAAUGAAAAAGUAGACCUCAACAUGGGUGUUGAUUCAAGUGCUGUCAAUCCAGGAGCUACAUGGGAAAGUGGUGUUACUGCUCACAACCCAGCUCAAGAGAGCAGUUCAGGUACACUUACAUCUUCUGCUGAUGAGAAACUCAAGGAACCACAUGAUAGUGUUCUGAAAAAUUUUGAUCAUCUGAUGUCUUCGAACACAUUUGAAACUACUGAGUUUCUCAGCCCCAGAUCUGAGUUUAGCGCUGCAUUUAGAGAUAGGUCGAAGUCCCCAGCAAGUAGAAGCCAUCAUGCUUAUGAUGCAAGUGUCUCUUCUCAUGAUGGUAUAGAUGAUCAGUUCUACAACCAGAAUUUACCUACAUUUCAAGAUGCUCAUACAGCUCCUAACCUGGCUCAGUCUGAAGAAAGAAAUAGAAGGGAAAUUUUUUUUGCCGAAAACAUGCGGAAUAAAGGUCCUGAAUUACCAAAUCAGGCUAGGAGUUCCUGGUCAAGUAUGUCUGAUAAGAAUAGUCAUGCCAUGAAUUACAGAAACCCGGAUCAAGAAAUGCUGCCACCAAGAAUACCAGGUCAUCCAAGUCGAGAUCAUGCAAGAGUACUACAUAGAAAUGAAUAUAUGCCCAGGAUGGCUUCUCUUCAAGGAGAUUACCUAGGUGGAUAUGGAAAUGGAUGCUUCGCAAACCAAAUCCGUAAAGAGUUCCCAAGCAACAUUGACUAUCGAUCUGGCAGGUAUAUGAGUGCUGCAGCGGAUAAGCUGGCACUUAUGAGAAUUGUGCGUGAACUGCAGAAUGAGCUUUUCCAUGUACGGGCAAGUCGGCAGGAACAGCAUAUUCCCCAGUUCCAUAAUUAUGAGGCAUCUGAGGAGGAGCUUUUCCCUGGUCUAAAUCAUCCUAGGGAUCAAAGAAGCAGCAGAGCGGGAAGCCAUUAUAACCAGCAGCAAAGUCAGUACACACGAAUACCUUUCUCCAGUGAGGCAACAACAAGCAGACAUCAAGUUGAUCCCUCCUUUAUGCACCACUAUCCUCAAGACAGGCAGUACUCAGCACCAUUGCCUCUACCCAUCCGGAGCAAUACUAAUGGGUUACAUAGGCUUCAUCCUUAUGCCUCAAGGCAGUGGGACAGUGAAUCUGAUGAUCAGAGGCACAACAGUCAUGAGGUGAAGAAGUAUUAUGGAGAGAAACAGCAGAUGCCUAUGCGUCAUUUCCGGCCAAUAGCUGGUGGAGCUCCUAUCCUGAUUUGUUAUAACUGCUUUAAACCACUGCAGAUACCUGCAGAUUUUCUGCUUUUUAAAAGGAGAUGUCAUAGACUUCGAUGUGGUGGUUGCUCAAAGGUGCUUACGUUUUCACUCCAUAGGACAACUCACAUAGUCCCUUAUGAAGCGAAUGCAGUAGGCCCUCCCCCAAGUGAGGUUAAUGACCACAGCUAUGGUGUAAAUGGGGAUCCUGUGUCAUGUUCAGAUGAUUAUGGCUAUGGACUCUCAUACUGCAGAAGUGGCUCUACUGAAGCAGAAGAUGCUGGAAAUGUAACACCCGCGAACUCCCUCCAAAGUACUAUAGUGCAUGAGAGAGAUAUGUCAUAUGGUUCAAACAACCCAACAAGAGGGAGACAGGAGAUCGUUUCUCAAAACAAAGAUAAGAAUCCAAUUGGAAGAUUUAUGUCAGCAAAAAAUUCAUCCAAUAUGUUGAAGUCAAACAAUCAUUCCUCAGAAAUGAAGCUGCCACCAAAGUCAAGCUCACCACUUCAUCGACUCAUGGGUUACAAUUCACCUAGUCAGGUGAUUAGGGGGUCUGGUUUAUCUCGUUCAGGGACAACAAGCUCAGUGAGGAACUACGAGAUACUCCCGGAAUAUAUGCUGUCGAAAACUGAAUGAUAUACUGAAACUUCCGGGGCGCUUUUUGCUCGAGUGGUAAAGACCUUGGUGUGUCACUCAUGGCAAAGAUAGAUUUCUGGUAAGCUUUUUAAGGAAAAACACUGCCACUUUAGCUACUUAGAACUAAACUAUUUUCCUCUAGAGGAGUUACCGUUCGUUGUUGUUAGUGAGACUAAUACAGUGGCCACGGCCUCAUAGUGAGAGAGAGUCAUGUUCGAUGCAGAAAUCAUGUUUUCAAUUGUCGUACAGAUAAAUAUGUUAAAAAGAACUCAUAUUUGAUUGAUUAUUUUCAUGUAUACUGUAUAGUAUAUCGUGUAAUGGUAAUACCGUAAUACCAAUUUCAAUUUCACAUU